CGUAGCUAGCUAAGGUAGAAAGCGGUGACCUCUGGUCGAUCGACCGGCCGGAGAUCGAUCGAGACGAUGGCGGCGGAGACGAACCGGCGGCGGCUGUUCGCGACGGAGAAGAUGGGUGGCAGGGCGGUGUACAGGUUCCAGGCGGCGACGGUGGCCGCCGGGAUACUGCUGGUGCUGUACUACAGGGCGACGCGCGUGCCGGCCGCCGGCGAAGGGUGGGCGGCGUGGGUGGGGAUGCUGGCGGCGGAGCUCUGGUACGCCGUCUACUGGGUCAUCACGCAGUCCGUCCGGUGGUGCCCCAUCCACCGCCGCACCUUCAAGGACAGGCUCGCCGAGAGAUAUGAAGAAAACCUACCUUGUGUGGAUAUAUUUGUAUGCACUGCAGACCCACAUUCAGAGCCACCAAGCCUUGUGAUCUCUACCAUCCUAUCAGUCAUGGCGUAUAAUUACCCCUCAGAAAAAAUAAGUGUGUACCUUUCUGAUGAUGGAGGUUCAAUUCUUACUUUCUAUGCUCUUUGGGAGGCCUCCAUAUUUGCAAAGAAAUGGCUACCAUUCUGCAAAAGAUAUAACAUUCAACCAAGGUCACCAGCUGCUUACUUCUCGGAGUCAGAAAGCCAUCACAAUCUGUGUACCCCGAAAGAAUGGUCACUGAUCAAGAACCUGUAUGAAGAAAUGAGAGAGAGAAUUGAUACUGCAGUUAUGUCAGGAAAAAUUCCUGAAGAAAUUAAACUAAAGCAUAAAGGAUUUAAGGAAUGGAACUCAGAAAUUACCUCAAAAAGUCACCAGCCAAUUGUCCAGAUUCUUAUUGAUGGGAAAUGCCGGGAUGUAGUUGAUGAUGACGGACAUGAACUACCAACCUUGGUAUACAUGGCACGUGAGAAGAGGCCUAAGUACCACCAUAACUUCAAAGCUGGGGCAUUGAAUGCUUUGAUAAGGGUGUCAUCAGUGAUAAGCGACAGCCCUGUUAUCUUGAAUGUGGAUUGUGACAUGUAUUCCAACUGUAGUGAUUCAAUCAGAGAUGCAUUGUGCUUCUUCCUUGAUGAAGAAAUGGGCCAUAAAAUCGGGUUUGUGCAGUACCCUCAGAACUACAACAAUAUGACCCAGAAUAAUAUUUAUGGAAACUCUCUCAAUGUUAUCAAUCAUGUGGAGAUGUCUGGUAUGGAUAGUGCUGGUGGUUGUCUCUAUAUUGGCACGGGAUGCUUCCAUAGAAGAGAGAUCCUUUGUGGUAGGAAGUUCAGCAAAGACUACAAGGAAGACUGGAACAGAGGAAUAAAGGAAAGACGACAAGAAAAUAUAAAUGAGAUUGAAGACAAGGCAAAAUAUUUAGUAACCUGCACUUAUGAACAUAAGACACAAUGGGGUAAUGAGAUUGGAGUGAAAUAUGGUUGCCCAGUAGAGGACAUCAUAACUGGACUGGUGAUACAUUGUAGAGGAUGGAAGUCAGUCUACAUGAGUCCUCAAAGAGCAGCAUUUUUGGGUGUAGCUCCAGCAACACUUGCACAGACUCUACUGCAACACAAGAGAUGGAGUGAGGGCGGUUUGACGAUUUUUCUUUCAAAGUACUGCUCCUUCGUGUUUGGACAUGGAAAAAUCAGUUUACAGCAACAGAUGGGUUACUGCAUAGGAGGAUUAUGGGCAACCAACUCACUGCCCACACUAUAUUAUGUUAUGAUUCCACCACUAGGUCUUGUCAAAGGCACCCCCAUAUUCCCAGAGAUUACAAGUCUGUGGGCUAUACCCUUCAUAUAUGUAUUUUGUAUGAAGACCAUCUACAGUCUGUAUGAGGCAUUAUUAUCUGGGGAUACAUUGAAAGGAUGGUGGAAUGGACAAAGGAUGUGGAUGAUCAGAAGAAUUACCUCAUAUCUCUAUGGCUUCAUUGACACCAUCCGAAAAUUGUUAGGACUUUCAAAGAUGUCAUUCAAGGUUACAGCAAAGGUAAGUGAUGACGAUGAAGCAAAGAGGUAUGAGCAAGAAAUCCUUGAAUUUGGGUCAUCAUCUCCUGAAUAUGUUAUCAUUGCAACUGUGGCAUUACUCAACUUUGUCUGCCUUGUUGGAGGGCUAAGUCUAUGGUAUAUACCAUGGAAUGUGUUUUUACUCCAGUUCAUCCUAUGUGGAAUGAUAGUGAUCAUGAAUAUCCCAAUUUACGAGGCAAUGUUCGUGAGGAAGGACAAAGGGAGCAUACCAUCAUCCGUCACAUUUGCUGCAGUUGGUUUUGUAAUGUUGGCAUUCCUGGUACCAAUAGUUUGAGGUUCAAGAAUGGGAAUUAAUGCCUUGUAGAACACUGGAUGCCUAUGAUGACGAAUUGACUAUCAUGGAAAUAAAUUGCAUGGCCACUACUAUAUAUUCAUACUUGUUGAUAAUCAUCAACCUCUAGAUCCGUAGCACAUUAAUAAAAUAAAGAGGAUAUAAUUCACAGGAGAAUUUGUACUAUGGUAAUGGUAAAAGAAAGGCAUGUUUUUCACAUGUACAAAUCAUAAUUAAUUAGUGCAAUAGCCUGCCCCUAGUUUGAAUGAGAAGCCAUUAAUUAUCAGAUCCAAUUAAUACUGCAUCGUUUAGUACUAUUGUCUCGUUGCACACAAGACAAGAGAGGAGA